CUGAAGGAGUGGUUUGAGCACGCGAGCUGUUUACACUCAUCAGCCAAUCACCUGAACCUACCGAGCAGCCAUGUUGUAACUUUUACUGAAGUCCGUCCAGGUUUUAGUGAGGCAGCUGUUUGUGAAAUCUUGGGAUUUCCUCUUUAGUGAAGUAGCAAUUGAACUUGAAAUGAGCACGAGCAGCUUUAUAGUCGCGGCAAUGCGCAGAGGAUGCACGCGGACCUUCAGACAACCUGUUCCCACUUCUUUGGUUCAGUGCUGCCUGCAGUCCACACAGCAGCCUAUCUCUGCAGCCCGGCUGCCCUGCAGAGUCAAGGUGUCUGCUGGGAAACGCUACGCCUGGUGUGCUUGUGGACACAGUAAGAAGCAGGUGAGCAUCCUUAUUGCGACGGAGCUCACAAAUCAAAAGCUCUGGAGAUCCUUCCUCUACGCUUCACCCCUGACAAAGACAGGACGGUCAUGCUGUGUGCCUCUCUCCACACUUCCUUCAGAACCAGUCAUCCCCUCUAAGAAGCCUUUCAAAGUGGAGCUUAUUGGUGGAAAGCGUUACUCAUGGUGCACCUGUGGACAGAGCAAGAAACAGCCUUUCUGCGACGGAGCCCACAAAACCAGAGCCCAAGGCCUGUCCCCACUACGCUUUGUCCCUGAGAAAGAUGCUACAGUUUGGUUGUGUGGUUGCAAGUACACAAACAACCAGCCUUACUGCGACGGGACGCACAAGCAGGACUUCAUCAUUUCUGCCCUGCUACAUGAACACACUGACUGACACACUUUGAACUGAGCAUUAAUGUUGCUGUUGAAUUCCCAUUUGUGUACAGUGCACUCAUUGGAAGCAGCAGAUGUAAACGGAUCAAUCAUGUUUGAAUCUAGUCUUGUCAGUAUUUCACUCUAAUCAUGCUUGACAGAGAAGACAGUGGAGAGGAAAAGGUUAAGGCCACAGCACUCAACUCCAUGUAUCCUUGCUUUGUCCUUUCUAUGGCAGAGACAAUGUUGCAUCCACAUGAUAUGAUGAUAUACUGUGAUAUAACAGAGGUUUGUGUACCAAGAGAAAGACAGAUUUGACCAGGCUGUUUAUUCUAAGGUGGCUAAAAUGUCUGUUGUAUUAGCCCAUUGUUAGCAUAUUUGCAACAUGCCAACAAACUGUAUAAAAUAUGUUAAAAAUGGGAUGUACUAUUAAUAUGGCUAAGAUUUUGAAGAUCUAAAGUUUUACACUGUGAAGUGUUUUCAUGAAGCACUGUAUGAUUCCCUCCAUAGUCAGUGUGCAUGUGCAGAACAACUACAGCACACUAAGGUAUUUUUAUGUUUUUGUUGAUUUAAAUUAAGAAACAAACUGUAUAUGCAUUUAAGUUGCCAGUUGGGUUUACCUAAUUGUCUAUAAUAAUGCUAUCAAAUAAAAGCAAACUCAAAGAAA